UAAUGGAGGGAUAAAGAAGGAUGUCAAGAAUAGAUGCAGGAAUUUUAUCAAGAAUUAUAAUGUUGCUAUGAUUAUUCUGCUUGAAACCCAUGUUUCAGGAAUUAGAUCUGAAUCGAUUGCUCGUGCAAUGGGUAGAAAUUGGCGCUUUCAAUCAAUUGAUGCGGUGGGUCGUUCGGGAGGCAUACUUAUGGCCUGGAGGGAUGAUGCGGGUUUGGUAACCUGCAUUCAAAGGAGCAGACAAGCUUUACAUGCUAUCAUUACCAUUGACAAUGGCCCUACAUGGGUGUUGUCUUCGGUUUAUAGUAGUGUAAAGCUAUCAGAACAACGUAAGCUAUGGAAAGAGUUGGAGAAAAUAGGGGGAUUAAACCUCCCUUGGCUCACUUGCGGCGACUUCAAUGCCAUAUGCUCUCCAGAUGAUAAAUUAGGUGGUAAACCCUUCUCUUUUUCUCCCAAAAAUAGAGCUUUUAGUGAAUUUAUUUCAACUUCUGGUAUUAUCGACUUGGGUUUUGAAGGCCCUGCUUUCACUUGGUGCAACAAUCAAGAUAUAAGGAGUCGGGUUUGGGUCAGACUUGAUAGAGCUUUUGCUAAUCCUGACUGGAUAUCUCUUUUCCCUGGUGUCAGAGUCAAACACCUUGUCAGAGCUGCCUCUGACCAUGCCCCUUUACUCAUCAUGGUGAAGGGGGAUGAGAUCCAAGGUCGGCGACCUUUUCGUUUUGAAGCUUUUUGGUUUGAGUAUGAUGAGUGUGGUAAGGUUGUCGAAAGAACCUGGCAGUCAGCUGCCAAAGGGAACCCCCUCCAUUCGUUUACCCAUCGGGUGUGUAACCUUCGUCGUGCUUUACUUAACUGGAAUAAAGAGGGUGUUGGUAAUCUAGAAACCAACCUUAUUAGCACGGCGGCGGAUAUUAAUUAUUAUGAGAGCCUUGAGGCUAAUAGUUCUAUAUCCCAGAAUGAUAUUGUGAAGCUAAAUUCCUUAUACAAUAAGCACAAUGCGCUGCUUAGACAGAUUAAUACCAAAUGGUGGCAAAAAGCACGCAUCAGAUGGGCCCAGAAUGGGGACCUUAACACCAAGUUCUUUCACAACACCACACGUAUUCGUAGACAUCGAAAUCGUAUUAAUUUUAUUAAAUGUUCUAAUGGGGUCCAUGCUACUAAUCAGGUCGAUAUUACUAAUGAGUUCUGUCGUUUCUAUCUUUCUCUUUGGAUGCCAAAUACUCGAACUGACUCUAUGCCUGUCAGUUGGCCUGAUUUGCCUGCUAUCUCGCAGGAAAAUGCUGAAGUCCUCAUCAAACCGAUAGAGGACUUAGAGAUCAAGCAAGCCUUGUGGUCUAUGCCGAAUGGCAAGGCUCCUGGGCCAGAUGGUUUACAAGCUGAAUUUUUUAAAAAUUAUUGGGAUAUUGUUGGUUUGGAUCUUUGCAAAGCAAUUAAGCAUUUUUUUCUGCAUGCUAAUUUGCCGAAGGGAUGGGGUCAGACUUAUAUUACUCUUGUGCCGAAAAAAGAGAACCCUAGUAGAGUGGCUGAUUUUAGACCUAUCUCGUUGUGUAAUGUGUGUUAUAAAAUCAUCUCCAAGAUUCUGGUUAAUAGAUUGAAACCCCUGCUACCUACGCUUAUUGGGUAUGAGCAGGCUGCUUUUGUGGCGGGCAGGGAUAUUUCUGAUAAUAUCCUAGCCGCUCAAGAGCUUGCGCAUACUAUGGUGAAUAAUAAAAAAGACCACCCGAUGAUGAUUGUUAAAUAUGAUAUGGAGAAAGCUUAUGACCGGGUUAGAUGGGACUCUGUGACUACUGUGCUAUCCCUUAUGAGAUUUCCUAUUAAAUGGGUUAAUUGGAUUAUGGCUUGUAUUUCUUCUCCUACGUAUGCUUUUAUUAUCAAUGGUAAAGCUUCGGAUUGGAUCCAACCUGCUGGGGGUUUGCGGCAAGGGGACCCCCUCUCACCUUACCUCUUUAUCUUGAUUGCCCAGGUACUUACAUCCCUUCUUAAUGAGGCCCAAUCUUGUGGAAGUUUUACUGGAAUUCCAGUUGGGGACAAUAGUUACCUUAGCCACCUUAUGUAUGCCGAUGAUAUACUUAUUACCGGUGCUAUCUCUAGACGGAAUUGUCGAGGCAUCGAAGCUAUUCUGCACAAAUAUGAAUGCCUCUCGGGGCAGAGGGUGAACAAGGAUAAGUCUGCCUUGUAUCUCCCAGAUUGGCUAUCGGCUAGAAUGAAAAAUAUGGUUACUCGAUGGCUAAAUCUUCCCAAGGGGACGAUGCCUUUUAAGUACCUGGGUUCUCAAAUCUCUGGAAAAAGAGUUAAGGUAGAGCAAUCUAAUUUCCUAGUGGAAAGGGUUCGAUCCAAAUUAACUUCCUGGAAAAAAAAUGCACUCUCCCUAGCGGGGCGUGCCAUCUUAAUUAGAGCAACUUUGACGGCCAUACCUAACUAUUGGAUGACUGCUUCUUGGAUUCCUGACUCAGUAGUUGACAAAAUUACCCAAAUUAUUAGAAAAUUUUUGUGGGAAAAACAUGGCGGUAAGAAGGGCAUGCAUUUGAUUGCUUGGGAUAACAUUACCAAGCCUCUUACUGAGGGUGGUCUAAAUUUUCGUAAUCUUCGAAAAUCUCGGGAAGCUUUUAUGGCCCGUAAUGCUUUGAAGCUCCUGAACAAUAUCAAUUUGCCUUGGGUGAGGAUUAUGAAGGGCAAAUAUGGGGAACUUGAUCCCUGGAAGAAUCCUAAGCUCACUACUACUUCUUGGGCUUGGCGGGCCCUAAACUAUACUGUACAAGCUAUCAAAUUGGGAUUGCAGAUUUCCAUUUCUGAUGGGUUGAAUACCAAUUUUCUUGAACACCCUUGGCUUUUCACUACACCCUUCAGCAAAAAGCCGACUUUCAUUGCGACUAAUAUUGGGGAGAAAGUCCAACAUAUUAACCAAAUCAUUGAGAAUGGGGAAUGGUGUUAUAACUCCAUUGAAGGUUUAGUUGGAGAAGAUUUAGUUGAUGCAAUUACUAACUUGCAGCUUGGUGAAGGCCCAGAUAAAUGGGUUUGGUCGCUCCACCCACAAGGAAAGGCUCGAGCUGGAAGUGUGUAUUCUUUUCUCAACGGCCAUACUGAUAACUGCUGGGAUGGUUGGAAGCA